UAGUGUACAUAAGACACGCACUUCUGCUCUCUGCAAUCGGCAGACAUAAAACGUAGUAAUUUUCGCGUGUGCUUUCAAACUAAAAAUUAAUUAUACGCGAAUAGUUUGUUUCGACCUUCUUAAAUUACAUUAUUUUUUGAAUUUUAGUGAUCAUUUUUGAUAAUUUCUGAUAAUGGCUACGAUAAUGUGCUUACCUGAAGAGGUAAUAGCCAUCAUUCUUGGCUACAAUGAUAUCAGCAUUGAGGAUAUCAUUAACUUUAGAUGUGUGUGCAAGAAAUUUCGGUGGAUCGUCAAAUACGAUAAGUUUUGGGAAAAAAAGUGCUCUCAGAGGUGGCCUAUUGCGAGAAAACAUUAUGACAAGCUAUCUAAAAAUGAUAAGGAGUCUCAAGAGAACGAACAGAAAGAUAAAAAACUUUUAAGCUUUAUGGAAACAGGCAUUAAUUGUGUGAGACAAUUGAAUUUCGUGUUUCAUAUAAUAAAUAAACGUUAUGAGAUCGGUGACGAUAUUUCAAUAGAUUUUCCUUUAUGUGAAAAUUUAACGCAAAUAAUGUAUGAGCCUGAAAAUGGUGUAAAAAUUUAUUUCCAUAUUGAUGAGAUUAAAUACUUGCUUACUCAAUCAUCACAAAAAGCUGAUUGCGAUCUGGCGGAAAGAUAUCGCAAUAUAAAACUGUUACACUAUCUGAGGGAACAUUUGUUGACGAAGGAAUGGAACAGAUUUUGCGAACAACCUCACAAACAGCAGUUUUUGGAACGGUCUGCUACUAUUGCGGCACAAUGGUUUCAACCUCAAAAAGAUGUAUCUUACUCGUGCGUAAAAGCGUCACUCGAUAAUAUUGCAUUAGGAGUACUGAGUUAUCUUAGAGAAAAACAUCCCGACCAUCCGAUAUUGUCGACGUCCGCUGAAAAUUUUUCCUAUUGGAAGAAUAAUAAUAUCGAAGAUAAUUAUCAUUGGGACGAAAUAGAAGGAACACAGAUUAUAAAUAUACUCGAAGAAUAUAUAUUUGGCAAAUUAAACUUUCGAGUACCAAAAUCGAAAAACGCAAAAGUGGAAUACAAAUGUAUAGAUAAUGUUUUAGAAAAUAAAAUUGGUGAAGAAAUAAUUUUAUUUAUAAUAUAUCACGGUGUGGCCAGAAGACUUGGUUUACGUUGUGAUAUAGCAAAAAUAUAUUCGGCAUCUCUUUCAAUAGUUUGGCAAUCAAGAUGUAUUACAAAUAGAAAUAUAAGAUAUGUAAGAUGUAUCAACAUAAAAAGCGGAAUAAACAAAUUGUCAAAGUGUCUUGUCGCGAUACGGUCCUCGGACAUGGCCUGCGAUUUGAAAUUAUUAUCAGCUACAAAGUACACUUUCCAGCAAAGUGUGUAUAGAAUAAGCCAAUCAAGAUCACAAGAAAUGAAAUUUGCGGUUGGAAUGAUUGUAACACAUGGUGAUCAUUCUACAGAUAAUUCUACAGGUGUAAUAGUCGGAUGGCACAUCAAGAACUGCUCGUACUUUGUUUGGCCGAGGCCCUGCAGUGAUUAUAAUACUAUAGAGCAACGGAUAUAUUAUAUAAUUCUUAGCGAAAAUAAUGAAAUAUGUUACGUGGAAGAAGACGCUAUAAGUUUAACAACGCCGAAAUGGAUCAAUAAUGAUGAAAUAGGUCGCUAUUUCCGUACAUUCAAAAACACUCAUUACGUACCAAAUGAAAAGCUGGCAGAAUGUUACCCGCAGGAUGCCGCUAUAACUGCCAGAAUAUUUCAAAACUAAUAGUUGAAAUUACGUUAUACAAAAUAUUUAGAGUGUACACAAUUUUUAUUAAAUGUUACAUUGUAAAAUAAAA